AUGUUCGGCUCAUUCAGGCCAACUAAUUCUCUAAUGGGAGGACUUUUGUGGAAGAUUCCAUGGAGGCUCUCAAAAUUCCAGAAAGCGCGCCAGCGAAAACGAUUACGUGCUGUCGACAAUGUAAUCAGUGUUAUAGAUAAAGCUCUUACCAAGAAGGGUAUCGUGAUGAAGUCAAUCGAGUCGUGGAAAAAUGAAAUGCCAAUCGAGCAAGAAAUGAUACCAAAGGAUAAAUAUACCAUUUUUGACCGGAAAGAAAAAAACUACCGAAAGUCGAUCAGGAAACUACCUAAAUGGACAAGAGUGUCCCAGAGAAUAAAUCCUCCUGGCUACUAA